GGGCGCCUUCGUUGUGGCGUCAUCUGAGGGCGACAGUGCGCGUCCUGGCGCUUUGAUAGACUAAACAAACAAGAGCGUGCAGAUCCCGCAACCAACCAGUUCGAUUCGGACAUCCUCAGUUCGCUCUGGUGACAACCAGCCAUGCAGCCUGGGUCAGAACCUCCACGAUCUGGAUCCAAGUCGGUCAGAAGGUCUCCACGUCUGUCAUCGCAGGACAGCAAAGAUGGAAUAGAGGAAAGAAGAAGAGGAAGCAAUCUGCAAGAAGUGAAGAGGAGAGGAAGAAUUGAGAGAAGCUAUCAGAAGGACGAGGAGCUAAGUAGUAUCAUGGGGGCACUGGGUCUUUCCGGCAGAUCUGCAGCCAGAGGAACCGGUCUGGUUUACUCGGAGAUCUUUACUCGGCACCAAAACCUGUGGGAGCCCAGUCAUCCAGAGAGUCCAGACAGAGUCAGGUCCAUCAUGGAGGAGCUGGAGCGGCAGCAGCUGCUGCCUUGCUGCGUCAGUGUUCAGCCUCGGGCAGCUACAGAGGAGGAGCUGCUGCUCGUACACACGAAGGAUUAUAUAGACCUGGUCAAGUCCACAGAGACCAUGACACAGUCUGAGCUGCAGACCCUUUGUUGCAAAUACGACUCUGUCUAUCUGCAUCCUCUGUCCUUCAAGGUAUGUGCAAUAGCAGCCGGUUCUGUCCUGCAGCUGGUUGAUGAGGUCAUGGCCUUUAAUCUCAGGAAUGGAUUUGCUGUCAUCAGGCCCCCAGGUCAUCACGCUCAGACCAGCGAGCCCAACGGUUUCUGUGUGUUCAACAAUGUGGCAAUUGCAGCUCGCUACGCCUGCAGCCGUCACGCCGUCAGCAGGGUUUUAAUUGUGGACUGGGAUGUUCACCAUGGGCAGGGUCUUCAGUACCUUUUCCAGGAGGAUCCCAGUAUCUUGUACUUCAGCAUUCAUAGGUACGAACACGCCUCCUUCUGGCCUCACCUGCCAGAGUCCGACAGCAGCUUUGUUGGAAGUGGACAUGCUAUAGGCAGAAACAUUAACCUUCCCUGGAACAAGAUUGGGAUGAGCGACGCUGAUUACAUCUCUGCUUUCCAGCAUGUACUGCUGCCUGUAGCCUAUGAGUUUCAGCCCCAGCUGGUUCUGGUCUCUGCUGGAUUUGAUGCUGCAGCUGGAGAUCCUAAGGGGGAAAUGAAUGUGAGUCCUCAGUGCUUUCACACACUGACACACAUGCUGAUGAGUCUGGCUGAAGGUCGACUGGUUCUCGUUCUAGAGGGAGGUUACAACCUGAAGGCGACAGCAGAAGGCGCUGCAGCCUGUGUCCGAGCUUUGCUGGGUAGAGCCUGCCCUCCUUUGAAUCCCCCCACUGGACCCUCUGAAAGCGCCAUGCAUUCUAUCUCUCAAACCAUCUCUGCACUGUACGUUCACUGGGCCUUCCUCCAAGUUUUGGAGGGAACUUCCUCCGCUGAGGCUGACUCAACCAAGACAGUUUCAGGUCACACAAGCACAACAACUGUGGCCCCUGCCCUUGCUGCUGCCACUAUCACAGGCUUGGUCUAUGAUGAGAGAAUGAUGGAGCACGUAAAUUUGUGGGACAGACACCACCCAGAGCAGCCGCAAAGGAUCUUCAAGAUAUUCUCUAGGCACCAGCAGCUGGGAUUAGUCGACCGCUGCCAGCUAAUACAGAGUCGCUUGGCAACAGAGGAGGAGCUGGCUAUGUGUCACAGUUUGCAGCAUAUCCAACAGAUGAGUGCAACGGCAACCAUGAAGCCCAGAGACCUUCACAGGCUGGGGGAUGAGUUUGUCUCCAUCUUCAUCAGCAAUCAGAGCUUCCAGUCCGCCCAGCUAGCUGCUGGAAGCUGCUUUGCUGCUGUGGAGCAUAUGUUAAACGGACAGGUAAAUAAUGCCGUGGCCAUCGUCCGUCCUCCAGGCCAUCACGCUGAGAUGGACUUUCCCUGCGGCUUUUGCCUCUUCAACACAACAGCACUCACUGCUCGCCAUGCACAGAAAGUCUCCCAUGAUCUACAAAUCUUGAUUCUGGACUGGGAUGUUCAUCACGGGAACGGGACGCAGCACAUAUUUGAGGACGAUAACAGUGUUCUUUAUAUCUCCCUCCACCGCUAUGACAAUGGGGCUUUCUUUCCGUCAUCAAAAGACGGUGCCCCUGAAAAUGUGGGUGUGGCCAAAGGUGCCGGGUAUAAUGUAAAUUUGGCGUGGAGUGGAGGGCGAAUGGGGGACUCUGACUACCUGGCAGCGUUUCACCAAGUUGUCAUGCCAAUCGCAACAGAGUUUAACCCCGGCCUGGUUCUGGUGUCCGCCGGGUUUGAUGCAGCUCAGGGGGAUCCACUUGGUGGAUAUCACGUGACUCCAGAAGGAUACGCUCACUUCACGCACAUGCUGAUGUCACUUGCUGGAGGGCGGGUCCUAUUCAUCCUGGAGGGAGGCUACAACCUCAAAUCCAUUUCUGACUCCAUGGCUGCCUGCACCAGUGUGCUGCUGGGAGACCCUCCCCCAUCACUGGCGACCCCCCUCCCCCCCCCUCACCACUGCGCUGCAGUAGCCAUCAACAAGGUCAUCCAGCACCAUGCCCCCUACUGGAAGAGCCUGAGGGUUCAGAUUCCAGAGUCAGUGCGAGCAUUCCUGCCAUCCCCAAAGCAUCGUGGGAAACAUGGUCCUAAAGGAAGAGUCAGGAAGUCGGAGCAGAACAGCAUGGGCAGACUUGAGUCCUCUAUAGUGCAGAGUGGCCUGGAGCAGCUCAUGCAGGGAUUGGCCGGUCUGGACAUCAGUCAAAGCCCAGCAAAUCAGUCACUUUCUGCCGUCUCCCUCUCAGUCAGAUCUGAGUCCGACCCACAUUCAGAUACGGUUGAAGAAAUGCGGGUGCUAAAAGGUGACAGCCAGUCAAGGAUAGCACUACCUCAGACUGUUGCUGAGGUAACACCUGAGAUGGCCAUACCAAAAGACAAGCCACAGCUGGAAGGAGCGUGUGGUUGGGCGGGGUGUCAGAAAGACACAGGACUGAUGUGUGCAGAAGAGACAUCUCUGUAUGUGGUUGAUCCACUGCCCUGGUGCUCCCACCUGGGUUCUGUAAAGCCCCUCCCUCCCUCAGGUAUAGACGUGUCACGGCCCUGCCAGGACUGUGGAUCUGAGGCAGAGAACUGGAUUUGCCUCACGUGCUACCAGGUUUUCUGUGGGCGCUACGUGAACGAGCACAUGGUGGCUCACGGCAAAGAGGUGGAGCACCCCAUGGUUCUGAGCUUCUCUGAUCUUUCUGUGUGGUGUUACAUGUGUGAGUCCUACAUCCACCACCAGGUUCUGUUCCAGGCCAAAAACGCUGCCCACUUCUCCAAGUUUGGAGAAGAAAGCCCUCCAUGGAAAUGAAAGAAGGAAGAGGAGAAAGAAUGCAUCAUUGACUUUCAACUUUGCUCGAGUUGUACAGUUUUAUAUGUUAUGGAUAUCAACAGUUCUAGAUCUUUAAAUUUACCAAAAUUACCAAACACUUAUAAUAAACACAGUUGAUCAGUUUGCUAUGAAGUUGGCUCAUUUAAAAGCUGCCUUGUGUCCUUAUUUCUGAGUACUCACAUAAGUCAGUUGGGACAUUGUACUAAAAUAAAAUCCAGUGUUUUAUCAAAA